AAGAGUGUCAUACACAGGAGCCUAUUUUAGUAAGCCAUUCGGAUUGGGACAGAGAAACCAUAAAUUAGAAACAGGUUUCCUGUCCAGCCUCACAGCCAACGCACGGAUCAUUCUGCUGGCUAUUCUUCAUCGGAAAAGAGGGAAAACUCCAGCACAGCCAUGUCGGAGGCGCCGAAAAAGUCAAAGAUCACUGCAUCUCGGAGGCUCUUCUUAAAGACCAAACUGCUGAAGAAGGCCGCAGCCAUGUUGGACACCGAGAAGGAGGAGAAGAGGGUAGAAAGGGAAAACACCCUAAACGAGAGAGUUCCCCCUCUCCAGCUGUCAGGUCUGUCUGUACAGGAGCUUCAGAAUCUUUGUAAAGACAUGCACCGUAAGAUUGAUGUGGUGGAUGAAGAAAGAUAUGAUGUUGCUGCUAAAGUGGCUAAAAAUGACUUGGAGAUUGAAAACCUGUCCCAGAAGAUCUUCGAGCUGAAGGGUAAACUGAAGAGGCCCAACCUGAAGAGGGUGAGGAUUUCGGCCGAAGCCAUGCUGGGGGCUCUGCUGGGCUCCAAGCAGAAGGAGUCCUUCGACUUCAAGGCCAACCUCAAGACCGUGAAGAAGGAGGAGGAGAAGAAGGAGGAGGUGACCGACUGGCGUAAGAACGUGGAGGCCAUGUCCGGCAUGGAGGGAAGGAAGAAGCUGUUUGACGCCGGACAGUAAAUCAAAGUACAUGAUGAAUAUUUAAAAUCAUGAACAA